CCGUAAUUUCCCCCAACAAAACAAGCCCCAUCCUCGCCUUGGAAGUUCAAACCAAACGGCACAUCGUGUAAGAUCUACGGGAAAGCCAAAUUUGAGCAUUUUGAGGGCCCUCGACAAGGCAAUUAAAGAAGGCGAAUGGCUGACAUUGAUUAUAAUCAACUAUUGUGCCGUUUCUUGAUUUGAAUUGUAUUAAUUUCUUCGUCACAGCCAACUGAGACGAAGCGAGUCCCGAGUGUGUAUAUAGAGACACGGAGAGGUUUAGGGUUUGUUGGAUCAGUUUCGGUGUGCGCGCGCGCGCGUGUGUGUGAGAGAGAGAGAGGAGGCGGAUAAUUAAGAUUUGGAAGAGGAUGGAGGUGAUGCUCCACAUAUACGACGUGACGAAUAGUGGUUCAGAUAAGACCAACAACACCAUUGUUAACAUCAACAAGAUCUUCAAAGAUCGUAUCGGCCUCGGCGGCAUCUUCCACAGCGCUGUUCAGGUAUAUGGAGAUGAGGAAUGGUCAUUUGGGUACUGUGAACAAGGUUCGGGAGUUUUUAGUUGUCCCGCUGGAAAGAAUCCAAUGUAUACACAUCGUGAAAGCAUUUUUCUUGGGAAAACAAACUUUUCGAUAUUCAAGGUUAAUCAGAUCCUGAGAGAACUAACUAGGGAAUGGCCUGGAUACUCAUAUGACUUGUUAUCAAAAAAUUGCAACCACUUCUGUGAUGAGUUCUGUGAAAGACUUGGUGUGCCUAAAAUUCCUGGUUGGGUAAACCGGUUUGCCCAUGCGGGUGAUACAGCCGUGGAAAUAGCAGGAAAUACAGCAUUAAAGUUCAGACAAGCUAAAGCAGAGAUUGUGUCGGCCAGCAAAGUGGCGUACCGUUUCCUUGCAGGGGUUGCAUCCAACUCGGCUGUCGCUCCCGAGUCCCCAGGCAAUUCCAAUAGAGGGACUAAUAGAUUCCAAGCCACUUGGUUCAAAAGCCUGAUUGCUUCUGGUGCAAAGCCAUCUACUAGUUCAGAUGUAGAAGAAGACCACGAGGAGCAAAUAAUUGGACAAGGGCAAUGCCAACAGCAUCGGCACAACCCAGCAGAAGCACCCUUGCGGCAGAAUGCAAGGCGUGAAUCGUGAUAUUUGAAGAAGUAUCAUCCUGGAACAAUCUUUUUUUUCUUGUAUACUAAUAUACUCUAGUCAAACCAUGUGAAUUAAUUGGCCCAAUUAUUUCUUGUGAAGAUGCAAUGUAAAAUGUUAAGGUGACACGACUGUUAAAAUUUUCCCAUUUCUGCCUGCAA